AUGGAGUCUUUUCUCUUCGAUGACAUCAGCUCCGCGAUACAGAACGAGGCUAUUGAGAGAAUCAUCUUGCCCAUGAGUGUUCAGCUUUGCCACCUGCUCAUCUCCAUGGAGAGGACAGAUGUGGCGAACGAAGCGUUUGCCUCUUUGGAGAAGAUGGCAGAGGACUUGGCUAAAGCUAGCGAAGCAUUUGUGCAAGCGGCCAGAAGGCUGGCAGCUGACUCAGGGGAGGAGUGGCUCAGGGCGGAAAUGGAGCCGGCCACCGAGUCUCUCAUCCUUUCUGGGAGGAACAUCUCCUGCGUGGCCCGGAAGCUUCACCUGCAGCCAGAGUGUCACAGCCAUCGGGAGGAGCUCGUGACCACAGCACAGCAGAUCGUGGUGGGCACUGCCAAGGUCCUGCUCCUGGAAGAGGCGGCGAGGGCCAGGAGGACGGCGCUGGCGGUUGGCUGGUGCCUCACCUGCUUGGACGCACUGGAGGUGGAGGACGACGCGGCCUCGCUGAGCGGCCCCUUCGCAGACCUGGCGGCGGCGCUGCUGCGCCUAGGGGCUCUGACGGCGCGCGGGCCCGGCCACCUGCUCCGGGCGUGCGUUCCCGCCCUCGUCGCGGCCGCCCGAGGCCACCUGCGGCACCCGCACGACCCGCAGCUGGCAGCCUCCCGGCGCCACGCUCUUGUUCUGACCCGGGAGGCCCUGGGCAAGCUCCUGGCGCGGCUCGACCCCGGCGCCGCGGCCCGGGGCCGCACGCGAGGCGGCACGCUGCCCCGGCGCCUGCGUCAGCUGAGCGAGCUGCUGGCGGCGCCCAGGGCCGGAAGCCUGAGCGGGCUCCUAGAUGGACCGCUGGCGGCCGUGCUGGGGCACUGCAUGCGCCUGGCCGCUGGCUGCGCCCCGCCGGAGAGGCUGCGCUUAGUGGCCCGCUGCAGCCGGUUGCUGGAGCUGCGUGGGACUCUGUGCGCCUGGGGGCCCGGCCGCGGGAACCUGGAGCCGACCCAGGAGCGCGCGGCGCUGCGGGCCGCGACCGAGGCCCUCUCCCAGGGAGUCCGCACUGCGCUACUGCGCCAGAUCCUGGACGCGUUCACGGAUACGCAAAGCCCUCUUCAGAGACUGGUGCAGACCGCGCUGGCGACCCCCAAAGUAGGCUGCCCGAACGGUGGCGAAGCCUUGCCCGAGAGCCUCCGGCCUUUCCUUACGGCUUUCCUGGACCAAGCCAAGCAGAUGCUCAGGGUGGCUCACCUGGUCUUGGUUUGCUGCCCGCGGCCGCAGACCUGCAGAGACCUGGAGGCUGCCACAGUGGGCCUGUGGGCGCUCGUGGUCAGAGUGCAACAGCUUUUCUCCCGAAGCCCCCAAGGAUCUGGUCUGGACCAGGACCCUGCCACUCUGCAGGCCUUGCUUCCGGCCUGGGCCGGUGCGUCCCAAUGCCUGUUAGCAUGUUUCGAUGAUGUUCUCAAUAUUCCUGAGUUCCUGAACGUGUCCAUUCAGGAAAUGACCAGGCAUUUGCCCUUCCUCACGUGGGCUUUGAAAAAUGGAGAUCCCAGAGAGUUUUGUAGACCUGUGGUGUAUUUACAGGGUCGAGCCACACACAUCGUGCAAGUCAUGAGCAGGUAUGUGGGCCAAGAAAGAGACCCCAUUUUCCGGAAUGGCCUCAGAGUCUUGAUCCAGCAGCUGGCGCAGUCUUGCCUGGUCCUGGGUGCGGUUGCUGAGCGCUGCUCAGGUGGGCACAGCUCCCAGGACACAGACGUGGUUUUAGCCAUGGCAAAACGACUCAUCUAUUCAGCGCAGAGCGUGCUGGAGGGGUUGGAUGGAACCAACCACCCGGAUAUCCUCAGCCCUCUUCGGAUCCAAGUCCAGAGGUUACGAAUUGCCAAGGGCCAUCCUGGUUUCAUUCUUCCCAGCCUCUGGGACACUAAUGCCCCUAAACUGAAAUGCCAGAGGGUGCCUGGGUUAGAGGAAGGUGACCCGGGCACCUCCUGUUCCCCAAGGGACCAUCCUUCCUGCCCCUGGAUUCCUGACAUACAACCACAGAGGAGGGUCUCUGCACCCCCUGCCAUUAACAAACUCAUCCUCGCUGUAGAGAGCCAGGACCACCAGACAGUGCCCUCCGCUGGCAUCGGCCUGCUGGAGCAGGGUGCAGCUGUGGAUGCAGAUCAAGAGGCCCUGGCUGGGGAGGGACCCCUGGGGUCAGAGCGGAUGACAGGUCUCCCAGAGAUCUCAGCACGGAGACCUUCUGCCUGUGAGCCACCAAGGGAGGUAGCCCAUUACACAGCCUCUAGAGCUGAUGGGCUUCUGAAAGGGACUCUCCAGCUCCCUGGGAGAACCAGGGAGACCAGACAGAGUUUGGUAGCUGUGGCUGGGGACUGGUACCAUCUGUGUCAACAGCUGUUUUGUCACAACCGAACAGCUGAUCUACCAGGGAACAUGGCAGUAUUCAUGGAGCUUCAGCAGAAUUUAGCCUCAGUGGUUCAGCUAGCAGCUCAAAGUGGGCCCAGGGACUUGACUAAGCAGGACCCGAACUCAACCGGACUCCCAGAAGCACUUUUACAAAUGCAAGGCAGAUUGAAGGAGGCAGAGACCCGUGCUAAACAACUGAUGGACACCAUUCUGGCCUGGGAUGGUCUCCAAGCCCCCAAGUCAUGGGAAAAGGACAUUGAAGAUGGGUGCUUUCUAUGGUCAGCGGCUGUCCAUGACCUCAUUCAGUACAUGGAGAGGUUCACCGAGAGACAAGGCCUGUUCCUGCUUCCCCUACGGCAGGCAGUGAAACGCCAGCAGGGGUUGAAGGAAGGGUUGGAGCAGGCAGCAGACGCUUCUCGGAGGCUGCGAGAGGCUGCCAGGCUGUCUGGCCCACUGAGUCGGAGUGAGCAGGUCAAGGGUGAGGUCUCCUUUCUAUGUAGGGAGGUUCACGUGCUCACAGACGCUCUGCUGGAUGUGGCACAGAUCUUGGUCUCCUGCCCUAAGCCGUCUCCCAGCCUGUCUACACGCUUUCAACUCCUCUGCUUGGAGCUCGCCCUGCGAGCCAAGUCCCUGACUGGCCACUUCAGGAGCAUCAAUGCAGACUACGAAUGUGCCCUGCAAAAUGUUUUCUUCUCGAGACGCUCUGGCUGCAAGGAUCCCCAGAGCAGCCCAGAAAGCUCCCUGGAAACAAUGGCGUCCAGAAUCCAAGCUGUGCAGGAAAUUGUGGCAAGUAGCCGAGAGUCUGGGCCCUGUCAAGAAGACCUUAUGGUGGCUCUGGAAAGCAUUCUUGUCCUCACCAAGGAGGUGGCCCGGAGGGUCCCUCUGCUCCGAGAACACCCCGAGGAGUGGGGGACGCACGUCCUGGACUGGCUUCGGUGGGAGUGGGCAGCCAAGGCCCACUAUGUCAUGGCCCAGCUCCGGGCCUGGAAGGGCGGUCACUCCGAGGCCUGGAGACUCCUGGCCCAGUGCUUGAAACCUGCGGAGGAGCCACCAAGGGUCCCAGAACAAGACUCUGUCCAGUCUCAGCUCCACUGCAAGGAGGCUGCAGCAGGAACCGACAUGGUGGGCAGUGUGGAUUCUCAGGGUGCCUCACCGACAGGCAGCCCUGGGAGCACUGUGGGGACCUACACUGCUGAGCCAACCACAGCAGACCUGGACACGCGGCAGAGCGGCCACCCCGACUGGCCACCUGCUGAGCUGGCCCAGCCUCUGCCAGGGGAUGGUGGCGCAGAUGGUGACAACCGACUCACACGGAUCACUCGGGAGAUGGCCACGGAGGUGUUGCUGAUGGCACAGAGUUUGAAGGGGAGACGCCUCCUGACCAAAGAUCAGCUCAUUACCUCGGCUAGGAAAAUCGUGACCUCCGCACAAGACUUUGCCAGGCUUAUCUGCAUCAUUGCUAAGAACUGCGCGGAUCCAAGAUGCUCCCAGGAGCUGGUGUGCAAGGCGGAGCAGAUUCAAACGAUGAGCAGCCAGCUCCGUAUCAUCUCCAGGGUGAAGGCCUCGCUGGCCAGAAGCCAGUCCUCUGAAGAGCUCCUAGUGGGCACUGCGCAGCAGCUCCUCCGGGCUGUGAGUGAGACCGUGAGAGCCGCAGAAGCUGCCAGUCUCCGGGGAUUGAGGCAGCCACCUCCCGACCCAGAGGAACUGGAAGUAGCUGCCUUCUGCAUGCAGUGGAGGAGAAAACUUCUGCAACACAGACUUCAAGAAACUUCCGACAGAGUCUGUGAUGAGUGGGGCCUGCGGACAGCGAGCACGAAAACACCGCCCACGCUUGCAGCUGUGAUCCGAGACGCGGUGUAAAAGCCAAGCCAUAGCCUCCAAGGUCGGCUCCCUGCUCCCUGCUGCCCUGUCCUCGGGCCCGGGGGCUCCUGCCAGAGCUGGAGUCAGCCUGUGUGGACACAGUGGGCUGGGUGGCCAGGCCACCCUUACACAGAACUUUUUUUUUUUUUUUUUUGACAGGCAGAGUGGACAGUGAGAGAGAGAGACAGAGAGAAAGGUCUUCCUUUGCUGUUGGUUCACCCUCCAAUGGCGCUGUGGCCCGUGCACCGUGCUGAUCAGAUGGCAGGAGCCAGGUGCUUCUCCUGGUCUCCCAUGGGGUGCAGGGCCCAAGCACUUAGGCCAUCCUCCACUGCACUCCCUGGCCACAGCAGAGAGCUGGUCUGGAAGAGGGGCAACCAGGACAGAAUCCGGCGCCCUGACCAGAACUAGAACCCCGUGUGCCGGCGCCGCAAGGCGGAGGAUUAGCCUAGUGAGCCGCGGCGCCGGCCUUACACAGAACUAUUCCGACAGCAUUCCUGGGUAGGCGGGCAUCCUGGGGCCCCAGCAGGAGUGCUGGCCUUCCGAGAAGGACACUUAGACUUCCAGACUCGAGAUGAGUCAUCCAUAGACUAUAGACAGAGGGGCUAACAGGCGAGUGCCCUCAGCUUAAGCCUUUAUUAAGACGUAGCAAUGUGAGAACAGUUCCAGAGUGCUCUGCAGGGAGCCAGGAGCUGAAAGAUUUAUAGGUUAGACUGGGGAGGCCACAAUUCACUUUGCUUGAAUGAUUAGACUCCGUUCAGGUUCUCCAAGGAGAAACUGGGAUUGUGUCCACCGGGAGCUAGGAGGUGCAGGUGCGGGGCUGUAGGUGCUGACAGAGAGAGUAACAGCUGGAGCAGAGGCCUUACCCAAGCCCAUGGGAAUCUGUCAGUUUCACAAAGCUGUCUGGUAAAGGAACCAGGCAAAGAGGGAUGAGGACAUCGGACCCUUGUACAUCCCUGAGGACUGAGUCCUGGGCUGGGGCCACAGUCUGGGAGCAGGAGCUCGCCGAGGGUCAGGGCCAGGGCCAGGGUCUCGCUUGUCUGUGGGGGCACCGUGUGAGCCGCCUAGAUUCAGGUACAGCUCUCAGCAGGGAGGGGCCGGUGUUAGAUGAAAUUGAAUUUCCCACAAUCCAGUGGGGCAGUGGCUCAGAUUUACAAUAAAGGGUUUCUUCCAGGUUUUUUUUUUUAAGUGGGGUACAAUCUGGUGAGUUUUGAUGAGUGUGCCCCCGAACCUGUCACCACAGAUGAGAUAAUGAACAGGUGCGUUGUCCCCAGCGUACCUGCCAUGCUCCUUGGUCAUCUCUGCCUGCCUCUCCCUGCCUCUCCCCCAGUCCCUAUAACGACUAACCUGCUUGGACACUUGCAGGAGAGUCUGCACUCCCUAGGACUUUUAUAGAAAUACAAUCACUCAGCAGGCAUUCUCCCCACCCACGCCCGUCCCCUGCACCCCCAGCUUCUUUCGUUUGGCUCAAGUAUUUUGAUCCUCCUCCUUGUUGUGUGCACUAGUGAUGCAUUUCUUUUCAUUGCCUCGAUAUUCUAUUAAGGCCGGCGCCGCAA